GGGCAGCUAGCUAGUUAGCGGUAUAACUUUAGUUAUUUUGGACGUUUAGACUAUCUUUUCCAUUUAACAGGACACUGCCUUCGUGUUAUAAAGCCUUCGUACUUUGCGACCAAACUAGCCUGUAGCUAUCGUCAGCUGCUGAGAAAUUUGGACAGUUAAGUUAAUCAACUGUAAUUCGUAGAGGUUGCCGCAGAUUCCAUGCAGUAUGUGUAUGCCGUUCCAGUUACUUUAUGGUGUUGACUGAACUCCUUUUACUUGUUGCCUAAUAAUAUUGGAGUAUGUUGUACUGUCGCUGUUGCACCAGCAAACGGCAGCACAUUCCUGUCAUUAGGUCAGCUCUCAUUUAACGUUGAUCAAUGCACUGCUAAACAGAUAUGUGCGUGGAGCGGAAUUUACCCAGAAACGUGAAAUAUAUAUGCUUGGGCUGUUAGUGUGCAAUUUUUUGUAUAUUAAAGGUCUUCAUCACAGUGUUUACUUCUCUCUAGCUUAGUGGUAACUAGUCUACCAGCUGUAUGUUUUCAUUUCAACCUAAGUUGCCACACCUGACUACUAAUUAACAGCUGAACAAGUUGCUGUUGAUGCGUGCUGGGGUUAGAGUGAAAACCUACAGGAUGGUAGAUCUCCAGGAACAGGGUUGGUUACCACUCCUGUAGUUAUCAAGAUUGCAUAAACUCGUCCUGUGGGUUUUGACUCCAACAUAACAAAUUCCACAUCAAUGAACAACUACAGAUCUCAUUGAGUUGCUAUUUAGUAGAAUCAGGUGUGUCAAUUUAGGAUUGAAAUGAAAACCUACAGGAUAGUAGAUUUCCAGGAACUGGGUUGGUUACCAUUGGCCUACAUUCACUGAUUGUCAUGCAACUCUUAUUUCCAGCACGUUGCAGCCAUGUGUACAGUCCAGAGAAUGUUCCAGGUCCCAGGUGUGAGACUGACCCAGCCGAGGUGACACUUCCAGGAUGCGAUUGCCGCUCCCAGUCCUGCCAGCAGGGGAGCUGUUCCUGCCUGGAGACCCACAGUCAGGCAUACAACAGUCAGGGGCGUCUGAAAUACCUCGGGGAGGAGAAGACUGAGUACAGCCUGCCCGUAUUUGAGUGUAACGCCCUGUGUGGGUGCAGCGAAGCCUGCAGUAACCGGGUGGUGCAGAGGGGCCUGGGCCUUAGCCUGUGUGUGUUCCCCACUCAUGGUAAGGGCUGGGGGGUACGGGCACUGGAGCCCAUACCUCAGGGGACGUUUGUGUGCGAGUAUGCUGGGGAGGUGAUCGGGUUCGAGGAGGCAUGUCGGAGGCAGCGUGCCCAGAAGCCCGGAGAUAUGAACUACAUCAUUGUGGUGAGGGAGCAUGCUGGAGAAGGGAAGGUUGGGGAGACCAUCGUGGACCCUGGAACCGUGGGAAACGUUGGCCGUUUCCUCAACCACUCCUGCCAGCCCAACCUCUUCAUGGUGCCGGUCCGAGUGCAUUCACUGGUCCCUAGGCUGGCAAUGUUCGCUGGGCGGGACAUCGCCCUUGGAGAGGAGCUCACUUUCGACUACUCUGGGGGCUACAACAACCCCCAAGGCAAGGGGUCGCAUCCAUCUCCGGGUGGCCAACAGGCAAAGGGAGUGGGAGAGGAAGGUUUUAAAAGAAAGCCUUGCCACUGCGGAGCCCAUAACUGUAGACUGUUCCUGCCCCUGGACGUCUCUGUCAUCAGCAAUACUUAUAUGUCAGGACCUCAUCAUUGCUCACUCGUUAAAGGCCUUCAUGAAAAACACAGCCUGGACAUGUAGUCUCAGGUUUGAGCUGUGACCUUAAUUAUGCCAUAGGUUAUCACCGGAAGUCCACAAUAGCAAGACACAGUUGGUCUUGGGCCAGGGCCUGGAACAUUCUCUUACAUUAGCUCCUCCCAACAUUUCAGGUACCUACAGGCUGCAAGUUAUCCUCAGUAGGAGAUGCAUCAUUCCAGUAGUGCUGUGUGGUAAAAUAAUGACUGGCUGAAGGACUGUAGUGGUGGUGUCCACAUGCUUCAUCUAUAGUAAUAUUGGUGUGCAGUACAGUGGACAUAGCUACAGACAGAGUUGGCAAUUCCAAAUUGGUGAGAAGUUAAAAUGGAAAUAAAAAUCUAUUUCAAAUAGCC